AUGAUCUACCGUCUCUACUCUGCCCGUCUCUCACCCGUGAAGCUGCUUCGUGUUGCUGUCCGCCUGGUCCACGCCAAAACACGCCCAUCUGCCGCCAUGUCCUUGCAGCCAGCCCCAUCCGUCACCACGGCAGGUCAAGAGUCGCAGAGCAGUGCCCCACCACCUCCUCCACUGACACCUACCGCGAACCGAAAGCGCAAGUCGGUGACGCUGAAUCAGCCGCCAGAAGGCAUGUCGAGCUCUGCUGGGGGCGCCGAUGCGCAUGCAACCAGUGCUGCGCCCCCAGCAGCUGAUGUUGAUACCGCUGCACAAGAACCAAAAUUGAAAAAGAGCCGGACAAACACGCCGUGGACGCCAGCUGAAGAGCUCAGACUGAAACAGAUGAGAGAUGCGGGCAACAGCUGGAGCGAGAUUGCAAAAACCUUUCCGCAACGCACCGAGGGAAGUGUGAAAAAGCACUGGUACAAGGUAGGCGCAACCACAGAGUGCUGUCCGACUCACCGCGCAUGCUCACCCAGACAGGACAUGCACUACGCAGAGUUCGCCGAGGACGAAAGUGCUGCCCUGCUUGCUGCCAUCAAAGAGUACGACGCGAACAAGUGGAAGGUCAUUGGCCAGAAGGUCGGAAAGCCUGCAAAAUAUGCGAAGGAGCAUUUCGGUGGAAAGUACUGA